GGAGACAGGACCGGAUUUACCCUGUCAUGCGCCGCCCCACUGAUAAUCCCAUUAUGAACUACGUUAUACACCAGCAGUGCUGGGUGAACAACGUGAAAUUCGUCCGAAGUGGCAUGAUAUGAGUGGGGAAAACUGAAGGGAGCAUAUUUUCUUCAAAACGAGGAAAAGGCGACUUCUCUUCAAACAUUCAACCUAGGGAAUAGUUAGCAGCAAGCUGAUUUGAGACACUGCUAAAAAUGACGGCAGAUCAGAAAUACACUUCGCACCCCAAAUACCAUCACCUUCCCACUGAGAAGCCAUCGAUGCACAACGCUGACGUCGACCCACUUGACUUCGCUAGCGGAGAUGACAGCGACUGGAGUCCCAGACGAGAGUCGCUGUGCCCAGGGUUCGACGCAGGAGUCGUAUGUCGCCGACUGAUGCGCGCCGUGGCCCACCCCAAUACGUUCGUGCUGAUGACGGGCCUGCUGUAUCUGGGCGUGUACGGGUGCUCAGGGAUCUACCUCUCCGCCGUCAUCUCCACCAUCGAGAAGAGGUUCCAGCUCAAGAGCUCCGAGUCCGGACUCCUGAUGUCCCUCAACGAUAUAUCGGCGCUCUGUGGGGUGCUUUUUGUCGCACACAUGGGGGGAAAAUACCACCGAUCGCGUAUCAUCGGCAUCUCGGGCCUCGUGGUUGCCCUGGGCAGCUUCAUGUCAGCACUGCCCCAGUUUCUGUACGACAACUCCAUGGACCUGGAGGGGCUAGUCGUCAGUGAAGAUGGCAACCGAUCGGAAGAAUUCCUCUGCGGCUCUGGGACGAUGAACGCCACGGUGUGCACGGCCGAGGAGAUAGAAGCGUCGGGCUCCCAACUGAGCAAGACCUGGGCCCUGAUAAUCGGCCAGCUACUUGCCGGCCUGGGCACAGCGGGGUUAGGGCCACUCGCCGUAACCUACGUGGAUGACGCCGUGGAAAAAAACUUGCUGCCCUUGUACCUGUCACUGAUGUGGCUCCCCAUGACAAUCGCUCCAUUGAUUGGUUUCUCGCUGAGCAGCUAUUGCUUGUCCAUCUUCGCUGACUACUACAAAACAGACGCCGCCCAACUCGAGAUCGGCCCCACGGAUCCACAAUGGCAAGGGGCCUGGUGGUUGGGCUUCGUCAUCUAUGGUUGUUACCUGUGCUUAGUCUCUUUGCCUUACUUCCUUCUCCCGCGCAAGAUGCACAAGCCCAAGUCGUACUGCUGUUUCAGCGGGGUGCCAGACUGCUGCACAGCGCUAAUGGGGAAGGGGCGAGGCGGGCAGUUCGCCGAGGAUGUGUCGAUGACGGGAGGAGCGAUUUCUCAUAACACACUCUCUGGUGAACCACUGACAGUUGUUAAAGACUUUCUGUCAUCUCUCGGGCGUCUCCUGUCCAAUGUGAUCUUCAUGUCUUCCAUGGCUGGUUUCUGUUUGUGGGUUCUCAGCUUCGGCGGGUUUUCUGUAUUCUCUGCCAAAUACCUGCAGUUUGAGUUUGGCGCGAGUCCGUCCGAAGCAGGAAUGUUAUUAGGCUUUACGCACCUCCCUGGUUCCCUCCUUGGCAUAAUGCUUGGUGGCAUCAUAACAUCGCGCUUGACUGGGAAUCAGCGCGGCUAUUCCUUUCUCUCCAUCACUAUGCACACUCUGUCCGUUUUGGUGUUCGUCAUUUUGACUUUCUUGGGGUGCCCCAACAACAACAUUGCUGGACUGACUACACGGUAUAAUGAGCUGAACCAUUCAGCAACAAACGGCCUAGAUUUGUACUCGGCCUGCAAUAUGAAUUGUACGUGUGAAAGUGGCAUUUACUCGCCUGUCUGCGGAUCUGACAACGUCACCUACGUCACAGCUUGCUUCGCUGGUUGUCAAUCACUGAGCAGAGACCAAAGCAAGACGAUCCUCCAAGACUGCUCGUGCGUCGGUCCCAGCGAGCAAAGAUAUCCGCAUUACGAGACCACUUCGAGUUUCGCCAUCCCUGGUGAAUGCGCCUCUUCGUGUGGCCUUUUAAUCCCGUUCGUAAUAAUGGUUGGUGUCUCCACUGCAACUGGGUCCUUCUCGUAUAAUCCUUCGUUCAUGAUGUAUUUCAGGUCUGUUUUGGAGAAAGAUAGAAGCCUUGCGAUGGGAGUUAUGUCAUUUUUGACGAAGACACUCGGUUUCAUACCUGGUCCGGUCAUCUUUGGCGCAAUGAUCGAGACACAGUGUUCCUACUGGCAGGAAUCGUGCCAGGAGACGGGGGAAUGCCUUCUGUAUGACCGCCCUGGCCUGCGUCUGGUUAUGGUGGGUCUCACUACCGCUUUCCGACUACUCGCAACGCUGAGUUUCUGCGUUAGUGCGCUCUUCGUGUUGAAGAGCCUGAAGAAUCUCCCGAUCGAGAAGGAAGACGGAAGUAAGGACGAAAAAGCUAAAAAACCAGAGGAACUGGUGGGAAUGCUGCCAACAUUCAGAGAAACGGAAGUGUGAAUUCCUGUCGCAAGUCAUGUUAUUAACGAGAGCAGUGGCGUAAGGGGGGGGGAACAGGGGCACGUGUCCACAGGUGCCUCCUUGAAAUCUGCGAAUAAUCUUCAUUGAUUGUAUACAGCUAUAUGCACUUGUAGCUUAUUUUCUUGUGGCGCCCCCUUUAAAACUUGUGCACCUCCGGGUGCCCCCGAACAUUUAGCUCUAUAGUUACGCCACUGAACGAGAGAGUCUAAAUGAAAAAAUCUUGAUGAACGCAUAUCAAACUUCGCUGAGAACAGUAACCCAGGAAACGAGCACUGGUGUAAUUGAACAUGUCUGGAAAAGAAAGGAAUUCACUCGUCACUCUGAAAAGAUGGCAGGCUAUAUCUUGUCAGAUGGAAAAGAUAUCUUGCCAAGAAGAUCAGCCCAAAAUGCCUUUUGAUUUUUAGACUCCUCGAAAAAAUGUUAUAGGCCUUCAUUAUUGUUUUUGCUUUGUACAGUACACACCGCGAUAUGAUGCUGCAAUCUGCUAUAUAUACAAUUAUAGAGAAUUCAGGAAGAUUUUGUACAUGUGUAUUUGCAAAACCUAGUGGCUGUGCUUCUAAAAAGGCAUUCCUUUGUUAUGCAUAUAAAUUUUGCUACUCAUUGUCUUCAAUUAUAGAGGCUCAGUUAUGGUAACAUUAAAACCCUUUUGCUGUUUUUACCUUCAAUAAAAUACAUUGUUUUGAUAUAAUAAUGAAUUAUGAAAGAAAAUUUAAUAUUUUGAGAAACAGAAUUGUGUCUCAGUAAUUAUGUGAAGGGAAUCUCAUUUUUCGCUUCAAGGGCGGUUCCAGAAGCAAUCUUUUUGGGGGAUGUUUAUUGAGGAUCCAUACAUUCGGAAAUCUCUUCAUGUAAACAAGUUUUACGACAAAAAAAAAUAAAAGAUGGUGUCAGCGAUA